CCCACCAUGUACUCUGUUUUACCCACGUUGCGACGACAUUUCUUGUCCUCCACUCGAGUGGAGUACGUAAACAGUAAACAAAAAGGAUUCACUCAUCAAUAAAGCAAUGUGAUAAUUCGAAAAUUGCAUCGUAGUUAGAUGUUCGACGAUUAGAACGUCUAAAAUGGCUGCUGGACGUGGGAUAUUGAGCCUGAGGUUCAACCAAGAUCAGGGAUGUUUCACGUGUUGCAUGGAGUCGGGACUGAGGAUCUACAACGUUGAGCCACUGGUGGAGAAGGCCCACUUCGACAGUGAUCUCAUGGGCAGCAUUGCCAUUGGUGAAAUGCUCUGGAGGACGAAUCUCAUUGCCCUCGUGGGCGGUGGAGUUCGACCAAAAUUUGCCGAUAAUACCGUUCUGAUUUAUGAUGACAUUGCCAAGAAAUUCGUCCUGGAGAUUACUUUCACCAGUACCAUCAAGGCUGUGAGACUCAGGAGGGACAAAUUGAUUGUAGCACUUCAGAGGGAAAUCCACGUAUUCUCGUUCCCCUUUCCCACUAGGAGAUUACUGACCCUCGAGACGAGAGAUAAUCCCAAAGGACUGGUGGAGGUAGCAACACUGGCCAGUGCGCACAAACAAUUGUUGGCGUUUCCUGGACACAAGAUUGGAAGUGUUCAGCUUGUUGAUCUUGCUGCUACUGAAACUGGUAGUUCCUCUGCACCAGCAACGAUUUCUGCUCAUCAGGGAGCACUGGCUUGUCUCGCCGUCAAUUCGAAUGGAACAAUGGUUGCAACAGCUUCAGCACAAGGAACACUCGUCAGAGUGUGGGACAGCAUCAGGCGGCAACUCCUAGUUGAAUUACGACGUGGGGCAGAUCCAGCUACCCUCUACUGCAUAACGUUCAGUAGAGACUCCGAAUUCCUCUGUGCGUCCAGUGAUAAGGGCACUGUUCAUAUAUGGGCCCUCAAAGACACUCGUCUCAACAGGAGAUCCACAUUUUCAAAGAUGGGUUUUCUUGGUAAUUAUAUCGAGAGUCAAUGGGCCCUUGCUACAUUCACGGUACCCCCGGAGUGUGCCUGUGUAUGUGCGUUUGGAUCUCAUAAUUCAGUUAUUGCUGUCUGCAUGGACGGAACCUUCCACAAAUACGUCUUUACGUCCGAAGGAAACUGCAAUCGUGAAGCCUUCGACGUUUUCCUCGACGUCUGCGAUGACGACGACUUUUGACAUCCCCACAAAAAACUCUAGAUCCUCUUUUUUAUUUCACUUUAUUUUGAAAAUAACAAAGAACUACUCAUUAAUACGUUGAACUGUUUGAAGAUUGUACAGACACUAAUCGAGCGUGCGACAAUGUUAAAUCAUUUAUUCUGUGUACAUAAUUUUUUUUAAAAUAAAUAUAAAUGAUUUAAGACGA